AUGUCCAAGCUAUUUCGUUAUCUCAUAUUCAUAGCUAUAGCAGCAUCACUGCUGUUCCUGAUGAAGAAAUCUCUGUCGACUGUCUCUAUUUCAAGGCGUAAGCGACUUGCUGUGCUGAAUUAUACCAUUGUGCCCAGGAGUGGCAUAUGUGAUCAUGUGCAUUAUUUGGUGAUCGUAAUCGUCAGCGCAAGCGACACAGAGACACGACAAAGAUGGCGUAAUACGUACGGGCAGUUUCAAGACAAGUUCAACUACAGCAUUGUGUUUGCUAUUGGAUUAUCGCAGAACGAGUCAUUCAGAGACGCCUUAAACUACGAGGCGACUACAUAUGGCGAUAUGUUACAAGCCGAUUUCAGUGAUACCUACAGGAACCUUACUCUCAAGGCUAUGGCCGCACUACGGUACGCCGCCGUCACCUGUACCGAUGUGCAAGGUAUCGUUAAGUUAGACGAUGAUGUCGCAUGGAAUAUGAAAACGAUGAAGUCUGUUGUAGAUAUGUCAGCAAAAGACGACAAAAUGCGCUGUUUUCUGUGA